GUCACUUUUUGCGUGUGUGUGACGUCGUAAAAGUAUUUUGCUUUGUGAGCAGAUUUGUGAGUCAUUCUCGUAUAAAAUUUAACAACGAAUUCGGUUGGAAAUUGUCGCAUUUACUUAUUUUUCACCGUCUUGCAAUACCAAUAACGCAAUCAUGUCGUCCCGUAAAACAGCUGGUCGCCGUGGCACUAACAAGAAGCGCGCCCAGCGUGCCACCUCCAAUGUGUUUGCUAUGUUCGACCAGGCCCAGAUAGCAGAGUUCAAGGAGGCCUUCAACAUGAUUGACCAGAACCGAGACGGUUUCGUUGAUAAAGAUGACCUGCAUGAUAUGCUGGCAUCCCUUGGUAAGAACCCAACUGAGGAUUACUUGGAGGGUAUGAUGAACGAAGCCCCUGGCCCAAUCAACUUCACUAUGUUCCUCACCUUGUUCGGUGAACGACUCCAGGGAACUGACCCUGAAGAUGUUAUCAAGAAUGCUUUUGGUUGUUUCGAUGAAGAAAACAUGGGUGUCAUCAACGAGGAGCGACUCCGUGAGUUGUUGACUACGAUGGGUGACCGGUUCACCGACGAUGACGUCGACGAGAUGCUCCGCGAGGCUCCCAUUCGCGACGGACUGUUCGACUAUGUGGAGUUCACACGCAUACUCAAGCACGGAGCUAAGGAUAAGGAUGAGCAAUAAAGCAUCAUGACACAUCAAAUGCCACCAGUCGCUUGGUAACCGUUUUUCUUUUUGCGUAACUUGAGGAGACCCAACCAUGGACUGAGCGCUGCUACUUAAAUCACCAGCAUGUUUUCAUAGAUUUUGAUAUGUAUUUCAUCCAUGUUAACAAUGGUUGAUCACCAGUUCAUAAGUGAUUAUCAAGCAAUUGGUGAAUGCAUUAUGCAAUAAUCUGGCUCAGCAGGUUGCAUGAUACCAGCAGCACAGCUGUUUUGGUAUGUUAUUCCUGGAAUGUCAGGUGUAUGAUUUGAAAAAGCUAAAAUACAAAACAUGAAAUAAGUGUGAUGCGAUUUGCAAUAAAUGUGAAUUUGUCAACAUCAAGGAAUGUACUUUACAUAAUAAUUAGAAUAAAAUUUGUGUGAUUGUAACGUGGCGUGGCAUGCAACCUGCUGGUCUGAGCUAAUAUAUUUUAACAUUAUGUAUUUGACAAGCUAAUUAAAGAAUAAAAUUGGUAUAAGAAAAAAAAUAAGUUAAGGAAGCAAGUUGAUUUGAUACAGAUUUUCGGAAUAAUCUCAGAGGUGCUAAUUUAAAACUUGUUUUUAAUGUGGCAUUUCUUAUGUAUUUACUCAUGCAUUUGUUAAAUUAUGAUUCCAUUUUACUGUAAGUAUCAAUUUGCCAUAUUGAUUUCUUGCGUUUCUCCAUUAGUUAUUACAAGAAACUAUGUGAUUGGCAAGAGUAUUAUGAUCAUUCCUUGAAUCAGUAAAAAUGUCUUUUGUUUUAAAAUGAAGUAUUUUAAGUUUAAAACCGCAAUGUUUUGUUAAAUAUUAUAUUAUGUGUUGUCUAUGGUUCAUUUAAUAUAGGUGUUAAAUAAUUUUUCUCCAAUUUUAA